UCCACAUGCGAAGUUAAACUCAUUUCAAUGGUGACACUUCAGAGGAAAAUGGCUGUUGUUUUGGUUACAAUAUUUGCGUUUUUGGUGAGUGGAACACUUGCCGGAUAUGUGUACCCAAAACCUACAAUACCGUUUAAUUUACCUAUAAACAGGCCAAUCAAUCAUGAUGCAGCGAAAGAAUUUUUAUCUCAAUCAAAUGAGAAGGCUGUGUCAUAUUCAAUACCUAUAGAAGAAUAUCAUUAUUUGAAACAACACAAAGCAGAGCAUCAAACUUCCAAUGAGGCCCAGACUAAUAGCUUUAGAAAUGGAGAAAAUUUAUUAUUAUUAGAGAAAAUAAUAAAACAUUACGAUAAUGGUUUUACAAACUUAGAAGAAACAGGAAUAGAUCACAUUGAGAAUACAAAUGGCAAUGGAAUAGCCGAAGAAGUACUACAGCAAACAGGAUCUCCAAAUAUCGUUUCUAUUAAUGAAACACCAAUUGUUAAUGUAAUUCCUAGUGUUAACCCUGUUCUCAUACAAAAUGUGAUUCCCCAAACUGAGAAUUACGUCCAACAUAAUGUGGUACAAAACAUUGUAGAACCAGUUAUAAAUAAACAUAUUUAUUUCCAUGUACCACCUCCAGAUAUCGAAGAACCAAUAGUCCAACGCCUGCCUAAUCCAAUAAAGAAGACAUACAAGAUAAUAUUCAUAAAAGUGCCAUCUCAAGAAUCAUCAAAUAAUGCGAGAAUUCAACAAGCUAUAAACAAUCAAAUCAAUCAGAACUCUGCUGUUUCGGAAAAGACUUUAAUAUAUGUGCUAGCGAAGAAACCAGAACCCGUGCAGAUUUUACCGCCGCCACCGCCCACUCCAUCCCAGCACGAAGUGUUAUUCGUGAAUUAUAGAGGGAAACAGAAUAGUGCGCCUUUACCAAUAGCCAGUGAAUUGUUUCAAGGAAAUUCUGCGCUAAGUCAAACUGAGAAUUUACGACUUGGAUUGGUUAACGGCCAAAUAUAAGGUAGAUAGAUUUAAGGCAUUUUAUUUUGCUUAAAAUAGUCAUAUGAUACUAUUUUUGUUUUUAAUGUUAUUAUUAGUAGAAUGAAACAUUCAAGCCAAAUAUUUACAAUCUUAGUAAUAAGCAUUAACAGUAAUGUUGGAUAAGCUUUAAUCUCCACUUUUCCGUAAUUUUGUACUGUAAAUUUAUUUUUAAAGUUUCAAAUUCAUUACAUAUUAAUUUUAUCAAAGUAUGUAAAUUUUUUUUAUUGGACAGUGAUUAAAAAUCUAUAAAACCGUCCAGGAAAUUAAUUAACUCGCUGGGACAAAUAGCGGUAAAAAUAAUAGCUUAUGAUAUCCAUAUGUAUUAAAGUGCAACAUUUUUAGUGAAAAUGGAAGGUGGUCUUGUAAAAUUUUAUUAUUAAAUAAUACACUUUGUGUUUGUUUUAAAGAAUAAUCACAAUUAUUGGAUACCCACGAUGUCUGCUUAACAUCAAAAUGUACUACGCAUUAAAAUCAUUAAACUACAAACUCUUGGUUAAUAUUUUUGCCCAGCCGCGGAUGUCAUAUUUACAAUUUGUUGUACCAAAAUAUAUAUAUUCUGGUUUUGCUUUGCGCAUAUAAAUUGUUGUUUACUACUAUCAUUUAUCAAACACUAAAGAAAUAAUUGUUUUGUUGUGUUAGAAUAAAAAUUGCCUUCAACAUUAUUUGCAUGCGAUGUGUUAAAUUAACAUUUUAAAAUAUGCAUAUCCCAAUAAACUAUAAAAACUUCCAUAAUCAUUCGCAGAUGUGUCAUAAUGAAUGACAUAAUCAUGUUAUGUAAUCGAGAAAAUUUGAUUGCCGCAUCAAAAAUAUUCUCAAGAAUUUGGACCGCAUCCGAGCCUCAAAGUAGCUAACGUUUUAGUUAUAACUUUGAAUCAAAUAUAGAACAUUUGAUUUGGCACGUCUGAAACAAGAGUAUUCUUUUUUACGUGAGAAGUUAAAGGCUGGUUUCUAUACGUUCUUUCACAAGGACACACAAAUAACUGUCAAAAAUGUCAUAUCUAUCUAUGUAUUCCUAAAUUGAAUUUCGUAAAUUCACCGCCGGCAAAGAUCGGUGGCAAAAAUAAAUCCCUACAGACCUGUUUAUUGUAUUGCAUAAUCCCUUUUUCUAUCGAAUAUCGAAUACUGGUAGACCUCGUCAAAUGGAUUUUUAUUUGGAUGCGCAAAUAGAGUAUUGUGCCAAGAAAUGUGUUUUCAUCCAGUUUUGGCUGAAACACUAAAAUGUACAGCAUACCGAUUUAUUUAUGACAUAUCCUUAUAAGUAUACAUAAUGUUCGUAUGUCUCAAUCAUAUCGCACCUGGGAGUUAAUUUAUUACGACGCCUCUAAAUAAAGUAUUCUUUAGGAACCCGGACAGCCCUUAAGGCAUCCUUGCAUCCCGGCUGAUUGCCCGACAAACUUAUUAAAUCCGUUAGGUAUUUUUAUAUUAAAUAAGCGAGUACUUGACGGAGAUCCCACCUGAUGUUAAAUGAUGAUGUGGUCGAAAGAUUGUACGAUAUUAAAACUACAUUAAUAGCAUAAAUAAAAAAUAUUAAGUUACGAUAGCUCAAAAAAUGCCACAAGAUAUUUAUUGGACUGUAUUUAUGUAUGUAAUUCUUUAUGCCUAAUAAGGUUUAUUUUGUGAACAAACGAACCGAAGUAACAGUGUCUCUCUCACUUGGCCAAAUAAAUUUGUUGCGUUUUAUUUAUUUAUUAGUAAAAAUUAGCAGUUUUCAUUUUCUAAAUCCAUGUAAAUAAGACUUCGCUUCAACAAACCUAACUCGAAUAACAGUAAAGAAAACAACCUUUAUCAUAUAUCACAGGGUAACUAUAUAAUAUAUCUGCUCGAUGUGGAAAUAAAACUCGUGUAAGGGCGAAGAGGGGCGAAGGCUGACCUUUUGGAGCAAACGGAAAUUGCACGUUAUCUUUGCGAUACAGGAAUAGAUGCCAGCGGCUAUUGUCGGUGGGAUUUCUGAAUGACCUUUUCAAUUAAAAAACUUGGUAGAAAUACGAUGGCAUAUUUUUUGUUACUUAUUUUUUAUGUAUAUUAUGUAUUUGUUAAGUUAAAUAAAUAAAAAGCUUUUGUUUU